GUGAAAAUCGCCUAAGGUACUUCCAGCGUCUGAUCAAUGGAAGUUAUACUCCGCUCACUCUUCCAGUUGGUGGUGAAGAGGCCUAUGAAGUUUCUCCACGCAGCUUGGCUGAAGCCCUGCUGCCCUUGCGAAGACUGUCCGAAGGCAGUUCUUCUGCAGUCGGAGGCACGGCCACACCGGGCGGCACCAACACGCCCAUGUCCCUGGAUACUGCCUACUCCAGCCUAAGGCAGGAUACGCCCCAGUCCCAGGGUACCCCGCACACCCCGCGCCCAUCAGGCACCCCGUUCUCUCAGGACUCCAGCUACUCCAGCAGGCAAGGCACUCCGGCGUUCCAGUCGAACCGUGCUGAAUCCUCGGGAGGCUACAAGUCGAGACGGCAUGAAACCAAAUUCCAGGAUGCCUACAACCGAAGACCGGAGAGGCAUUAUGUCCACGGCACAGGAGGAGGGGUGCAUCGUGGUAACGCAGAGCAACCGCCCAGUUUUAAGCAACAUCAGCCCCCGGAGCCGCCGUCACCUGCUUUUGCGCACACGCCUCCACCACCAGCCAGUGCAAAUUUCAAGAAUACUUUCUCUCCUUAUCCCCGACUCAGGACUCCGAGCGCAGCAGCGUGGACUCGCGCAUAG